AUGGCAGACAGACCAUCUCAAGGCGCACUACCUCCUCGCCCUCUCCCCUUCUCUCCCCUCUUCCUCGCUCCCCCGCACACCACCCAGGCAGAAGCACUGAGGCAGCAAUACGAGGGCGAGUACAGCGCAUGGCAGCAGGCCACCUCCAAAAAGCCACCAGCAUAUAAGUCCCGCCGCAAGCCCAAGCCCAGCCCAUCCCAGCACGACGGCAAUGCUCAGAACCCCACGGGGGCUACAGGGAGUGCAGUGACCAAGGAGGAGUUUCUCCGUGCUGUCACCACUGCCCUCGUCACUUCCAUCCCCCUGCCCUCCGCCGCCCUCCAUGCCAGCAACCCCUCUGCUGCAAGCUCCCCCAGCGAGAGGCAGUGCCGUGCUGGUGCUGCUGCGGGCGACUAUGCCUCUGGUGCUCGUACUUGCUCAGGGGAGGGGAGGUGGGAAGGGAUGGAGGACGAUGUCGAGGGGGAAGGGGAGGUUGAAGGAGAAGCGGAGGGGGAGGGGGAUGGGCGGUAUGAGUUGGCAUUUGUGCCUCUCAUGCACCUGCUGGGGCGGGCAGGGAGAGGAUCCGUUGCAGAUAUAGUGCUGGCGGAUGGUGAAGGGGGGGAGAAGAAUGGGUUGGGGACUGGGAGUGAGCAGAAGGGAGGUGAUGGGGACGUGGAUGGGUAUGGGGAUGUGGAUGGGUAUGGGGAUGUGGAUGCGGAAGUUGAUGCGCCGAACGUGCAGUGGGAGGUGGUGGGGGGGUCGAUCCGUGUGGUUGCGACGCAGCCCAUUGCCAACGACGCGCCGCUGCUGCUGCCUCUGGAUGGCAGGCUGUCGGGGCACUUCAGAGAGGCGCAGAAGGCCAGGGAGCGGAGGAUGAAGGCGAGGAGGCAGAGGAGGAGCAAAGAGAAGGAAGGGCAGAGGAGAGAGCAGGCCAAGGAAACAGACAAGCAGCAGCAGCAGCAGCAGCAGGGGGAGGAAAAGGAAAAGGAGGAGCAGGUGGAGGAGACGGAAGAUGCAGGGGAGGAAGAGUACUUAGAGCAGCGCUGGCCCAGGGAAAGCAAGAGGUGGCAGGGAGCAGGACAGGCGGGCAAGGAGGAGAAACAAGAGCUGCAGAAGAGAGAGUCACCGAAGACACUGAGGCUUCCCCAACCGUCGCUGAUCCACGCCACACCUCUCUCCAACACCGACGCAUUCACCUACUUUGGAGUGGCUCCCAAGUCGCUCUUCCUCGCCCAGUUCCCCCUCUUCGACUCCCCUCUUGCUGCCCUGCAAGCGGCUGCCACGGAAGUGCCGCCCGAUUUCGACCCCGACGCAAUCGAAUCCCAGCUCAAGAUUGCGGAGAUCGGCGCGAAGAUUCUGCGGGCGGUGCGGAGGGUGAAGAGGAGGGUGGUAAAGGCGGUGGUGUGGGGGGGGCGGGAGGAGAGGGAGAGGCUUGGGGUGAGGGAGGAGAUUGUGGAGAAAGUGAGAGUGUGGGAGAUGAGGCGGGAGAUGAGGGAGAGGAUGGGGUUGGAGAAGAAACAGGGAGGAGGAAGCGAAAGGGGUAGUGGGGGGGGAGAAGGGGAGGAAGAAGGUGGGGAAGGGGAGGAUGAGGAGGAGGGGCAAGGGGGGCAGGGGGGGCAGGGGGGGCAGGAGGGGCAGGGGGGGGUGGAUGUGUCAUGGCUGGAAGGGCCAGCGCUGCAUGUGUACUCGCUGGGCCUCAUGGAUCCCGAGAUGGUGGCCUACCUCACUGCCUUCACCUACUUCUUCGCCACUAAGGAGGAGCCGCACUACAGCUUCUUUGCUCGAGUAAGCGUCGCCUAUGCAUGGAACCUCGACGGCCAAACCACGUGCACGCACAUGCCUCUCGUCUCCUCCUCCUUCCCCUCAUCCCCCUCAUCCUCCUCCUCCAUCCAUUCCUCCAAUCCCCUCCACAUCUCCCUCGCCGAGUUUCCCCAGCGGGACCAUCUGCUCUCCGCCCUCACGCCUGUGUUGAGACUCGUGGCGAGCACGCUGAGGGAGCUGGUGGAGGCGCACUUAGCUAAGUACCAGGGCUCGGUGCAGGAGGACGCCAUGUCGCUUUAUUACGUGCCCUUCUGCCGCGUGUGGCAGCGCGCCGGAGUGAAGCAGCCCGAGAAGAUCGUCAAGAUCUGUGAGCCGUGGAUGAUGACUGGAUUGGAGGAGGUGGAGCACGUGGUGCAGCGCCACCUCAACAACAAGCAGCUACUCGUGGAGGCCUCUGAUUGGCUGCUGCUCUCUUGCGACCCACGCUACGACCUGCACUUGGGCGGAACGGGGAGCUGGGCGGGAGUGGAGGGCGGGGGGGAGGAGGGGAGCGCGGGUGUCGGGGACACUGGUCAGGGGGUGGGGGCGGAGGGAGGGCAAGGGGAGGCGGAGGGGAGGAGUGGAGGAGGAGGGGGUGUGGAAGAGGAGGGAGGAGAGGCAGGGGAGGUGGAGGAUGACGAGGAGAGGAAGCUGAGGGCGUUUAUAGAGUGGGUGCAGCAGAGAGGCAUCAAGGAGUAUGGCACAGAUGAUUCCCCUCUGAAGGUGAGUGCACCUCAAGAUCCCUCUGCUGCCACCAACGCCUCUGCCAAGCCACGUGUCAGGCGCCAGAUGAGCAUGGUGGCGGGGCGGGACGUGCAGGAGGGGGAGGUGCUGCUGACCAUUCCGCAGUCGCUGUGGAUCACAGCAGAGGUCGCAGCAGAGGAGAUGCCGCCCCACACAGGCCCGGUGAACAUCCAGGUGGCCAUGGUGGCGUGGCUGCUGCGGGAGAAGGCGAGGGGGAGGCAGUCGGAGUGGUGGCCAUACAUAGACAUCCUGCCGCCCUACGUGCCGCUGCCCUCCCGCUUCCGCAACGACUCACUGGACGAGGCUCAGUCCGACCUCCUCAAGCUACUGGUCCACCAGCAGAGGGAGGUGGCACUGAUGGAGUACAAGCAGGUGCGCCCACCCGCCAUGGCGUUUGCAUCAUUCGACGACUACAUGUGGGCGCACUCUAUCCUCGACUCGCGCGCUUUCUCCGUCCCCUUCAAGGAGCUCUCCGGCCUGGACCUUGAAGUUGCCGUUGCCGCCGCAGGGGAGUCGGGCAAAAAGGGAGCGAGGAGCAGCGAGGGGGGCGGGGGGGGCGACGGGGAGGCGGAGAGAGGACAGAGUGAGGGGGGUGAGAAGAAGAGGAGGAGGGCGAGGGAGCGGCGGAGGGCGAUGGCAAACGCACCGAGCGAGCUGGUGGACGCAGUGAACGACGCAGUGGGGGUGCUGCACGAGUCGCCCCGCCGUGUGGUGCGCGGCGUGGGCAUGGCGCUUAUUACUGCGGCCGAGCUGCUGGACCACCAAAUCAACUCCUCCAUCCAGUACAACGCGGCGGGAAUGCGGGAGCAGGGGACGGGACACAUGGGCGGGGGUCAUCCUCGGACACAUGGGCGGGGGUCAUCCUCGGACACAUGGGCGGGGGUCAUCCUCGGACACAUGGGCGGGGGUCAUCCUCGGACACAUGGGCGGGGGUCAUCCUCGGACACAUGGGCGGGGGUCAUCCUCGGACACAUGGGCGGGGGUCAUCCUCGGACACAUGGGCGGGGGUCAUCCUCGGACACAUGGGCGGGGGUCAUCCUCGGACACAUGGGCGGGGGUCAUCCUCGGACACAUGGGCGGGGGUCAUCCUCGGACACAUGGGCGGGGGUCAUCCUCGGACACAUGGGCGGGGGUCAUCCUCGGACACAUGGGCGGGGGUCAUCCUCGGACACAUGGGCGGGGGUCAUCCUCGGACACAUGGGCGGGGGUCAUCCUCGGACACAUGGGCGGGGGUCAUCCUCGGACACAUGGGCGGGGGUCAUCCUCGGACACAUGGGCGGGGGUCAUCCUCGGACACAUGGGCGGGGGUCAUCCUCGGACACAUGGGCGGGGGUCAUCCUCGGACACAUGGGCGGGGGUCAUCCUCGGACACAUGGGCGGGGGUCAUCCUCGGACACAUGGGCGGGGGUCAUCCUCGGACACAUGGGCGGGGGUCAUCCUCGGACACAUGGGCGGGGGUCAUCCUCGGACACAUGGGCGGGGGUCAUCCUCGGACACAUGGGCGGGGGUCAUCCUCGGACACAUGGGCGGGGGUCAUCCUCGGACACAUGGGCGGGGGUCAUCCUCGGACACAUGGGCGGGGGUCAUCCUCGGACACAUGGGCGGGGGUCAUCCUCGGACACAUGGGCGGGGGUCAUCCUCGGACACAUGGGCGGGGGUCAUCCUCGGACACAUGGGCGGGGGUCAUCCUCGGACACAUGGGCGGGGGUCAUCCUCGGACACAUGGGCGGGGGUCAUCCUCGGACACAUGGGCGGGGGUCAUCCUCGGACACAUGGGCGGGGGUCAUCCUCGGACACAUGGGCGGGGGUCAUCCUCGGACACAUGGGCGGGGGUCAUCCUCGGACACAUGGGCGGGGGUCAUCCUCGGACACAUGGGCGGGGGUCAUCCUCGGACACAUGGGCGGGGGUCAUCCUCGGACACAUGGGCGGGGGUCAUCCUCGGACACAUGGGCGGGGGUCAUCCUCGGACACAUGGGCGGGGGUCAUCCUCGGACACAUGGGCGGGGGUCAUCCUCGGACACAUGGGCGGGGGUCAUCCUCGGACACAUGGGCGGGGGUCAUCCUCGGACACAUGGGCGGGGGUCAUCCUCGGACACAUGGGCGGGGGUCAUCCUCGGACACAUGGGCGGGGGUCAUCCUCGGACACAUGGGCGGGGGUCAUCCUCGGACACAUGGGCGGGGGUCAUCCUCGGACACAUGGGCGGGGGUCAUCCUCGGACACAUGGGCGGGGGUCAUCCUCGGACACAUGGGCGGGGGUCAUCCUCGGACACAUGGGCGGGGGUCAUCCUCGGACACAUGGGCGGGGGUCAUCCUCGGACACAUGGGCGGGGGUCAUCCUCGGACACAUGGGCGGGGGUCAUCCUCGGACACAUGGGCGGGGGUCAUCCUCGGACACAUGGGCGGGGGUCAUCCUCGGACACAUGGGCGGGGGUCAUCCUCGGACACAUGGGCGGGGGUCAUCCUCGGACACAUGGGCGGGGGUCAUCCUCGGACACAUGGGCGGGGGUCAUCCUCGGACACAUGGGCGGGGGUCAUCCUCGGACACAUGGGCGGGGGUCAUCCUCGGACACAUGGGCGGGGGUCAUCCUCGGACACAUGGGCGGGGGUCAUCCUCGGACACAUGGGCGGGGGUCAUCCUCGGACACAUGGGCGGGGGUCAUCCUCGGACACAUGGGCGGGGGUCAUCCUCGGACACAUGGGCGGGGGUCAUCCUCGGACACAUGGGCGGGGGUCAUCCUCGGACACAUGGGCGGGGGUCAUCCUCGGACACAUGGGCGGGGGUCAUCCUCGGACACAUGGGCGGGGGUCAUCCUCGGACACAUGGGCGGGGGUCAUCCUCGGACACAUGGGCGGGGGUCAUCCUCGGACACAUGGGCGGGGGUCAUCCUCGGACACAUGGGCGGGGGUCAUCCUCGGACACAUGGGCGGGGGUCAUCCUCGGACACAUGGGCGGGGGUCAUCCUCGGACACAUGGGCGGGGGUCAUCCUCGGACACAUGGGCGGGGGUCAUCCUCGGACACAUGGGCGGGGGUCAUCCUCGGACACAUGGGCGGGGGUCAUCCUCGGACACAUGGGCGGGGGUCAUCCUCGGACACAUGGGCGGGGGUCAUCCUCGGACACAUGGGCGGGGGUCAUCCUCGGACACAUGGGCGGGGGUCAUCCUCGGACACAUGGGCGGGGGUCAUCCUCGGACACAUGGGCGGGGGUCAUCCUCGGACACAUGGGCGGGGGGUCAUCCUCGGACACAUGGGCGGGGGUCAUCCUCGGACACAUGGGCGGGGGUCAUCCUCGGACACAUGGGCGGGGGUCAUCCUCGGACACAUGGGCGGGGGUCAUCCUCGGACACAUGGGCGGGGGUCAUCCUCGGACACAUGGGCGGGGGUCAUCCUCGGACACAUGGGCGGGGGUCAUCCUCGGACACAUGGGCGGGGGUCAUCCUCGGACACAUGGGCGGGGGUCAUCCUCGGACACAUGGGCGGGGGUCAUCCUCGGACACAUGGGCGGGGGUCAUCCUCGGACACAUGGGCGGGGGUCAUCCUCGGACACAUGGGCGGGGGUCAUCCUCGGACACAUGGGCGGGGGUCAUCCUCGGACACAUGGGCGGGGGUCAUCCUCGGACACAUGGGCGGGGGUCAUCCUCGGACACAUGGGCGGGGGUCAUCCUCGGACACAUGGGCGGGGGUCAUCCUCGGACACAUGGGCGGGGGUCAUCCUCGGACACAUGGGCGGGGGUCAUCCUCGGACACAUGGGCGGGGGUCAUCCUCGGACACAUGGGCGGGGGUCAUCCUCGGACACAUGGGCGGGGGUCAUCCUCGGACACAUGGGCGGGGGUCAUCCUCGGACACAUGGGCGGGGGUCAUCCUCGGACACAUGGGCGGGGGUCAUCCUCGGACACAUGGGCGGGGGUCAUCCUCGGACACAUGGGCGGGGGUCAUCCUCGGACACAUGGGCGGGGGUCAUCCUCGGACACAUGGGCGGGGGUCAUCCUCGGACACAUGGGCGGGGGUCAUCCUCGGACACAUGGGCGGGGGUCAUCCUCGGACACAUGGGCGGGGGUCAUCCUCGGACACAUGGGCGGGGGUCAUCCUCGGACACAUGGGCGGGGGUCAUCCUCGGACACAUGGGCGGGGGUCAUCCUCGGACACAUGGGCGGGGGUCAUCCUCGGACACAUGGGCGGGGGUCAUCCUCGGACACAUGGGCGGGGGUCAUCCUCGGACACAUGGGCGGGGGUCAUCCUCGGACACAUGGGCGGGGGUCAUCCUCGGACACAUGGGCGGGGGUCAUCCUCGGACACAUGGGCGGGGGUCAUCCUCGGACACAUGGGCGGGGGUCAUCCUCGGACACAUGGGCGGGGGUCAUCCUCGGACACAUGGGCGGGGGUCAUCCUCGGACACAUGGGCGGGGGUCAUCCUCGGACACAUGGGCGGGGGUCAUCCUCGGACACAUGGGCGGGGGUCAUCCUCGGACACAUGGGCGGGGGUCAUCCUCGGACACAUGGGCGGGGGUCAUCCUCGGACACAUGGGCGGGGGUCAUCCUCGGACACAUGGGCGGGGGUCAUCCUCGGACACAUGGGCGGGGGUCAUCCUCGGACACAUGGGCGGGGGUCAUCCUCGGACACAUGGGCGGGGGUCAUCCUCGGACACAUGGGCGGGGGUCAUCCUCGGACACAUGGGCGGGGGUCAUCCUCGGACACAUGGGCGGGGGUCAUCCUCGGACACAUGGGCGGGGGUCAUCCUCGGACACAUGGGCGGGGGUCAUCCUCGGACACAUGGGCGGGGGUCAUCCUCGGACACAUGGGCGGGGGUCAUCCUCGGACACAUGGGCGGGGGUCAUCCUCGGACACAUGGGCGGGGGUCAUCCUCGGACACAUGGGCGGGGGUCAUCCUCGGACACAUGGGCGGGGGUCAUCCUCGGACACAUGGGCGGGGGUCAUCCUCGGACACAUGGGCGGGGGUCAUCCUCGGACACAUGGGCGAGGAUAACGCACCACUUAGAGUACGCUGCCAUGGUCAACAUCUCAGCAGGAACGGAGCUCGCCACAUCGUACGGUCUCAAGACCAACGACCAACUGCUGGCCACCUACGGCCUCGUGCUCCAUGUUCCCACCCCUUUGACGGGACGCCCCUCUUUCACAACCUCUAACCCUUUGUUUGUGCUUUCACUCCCUCACUUUGUUUCUCUUUACCUCCCCUCGUCCUUCCUUCCUGCGUCCCCCAUCCCUCACACUCUCCAGACAACACAUCAAUUCGAUUACAUUGCAAUGCUUAACGUCUCAGCAGGAACGGAGCUCGCCACAUUGUACGGCCCCAAGACCAAUGACCAGCUGCUUUCCAUCCACAGCUUCGUCCUUGACCCCAUUCUGACUCAUUACCCUCUUUCUCCUUCCCUCCCUCCCUUCCCCCUCCUCCAGAUAACACACCAAUUCGAGUACAUAGCCAUGCUUAACGUCUCAGCAGGAACGGAGCUCGCCACAUCAUACGGUCCCAAGACCAACGACCAGCUGCUCGCCACCUACGGCUUUGUUCUCGACUCCAACCCAUUUGACGGUGCCCCUCUCUUUGAGAACCUUACUGAGGCGGUGGGUGUGGUGGCGGCGCUGCUGGCCAAUGGGGGUGGUGGGCGAGGAGGGAGGGGGGGAAGAGGGGAAGGGAGCGGGAAAGAAGGCGAGGGUGACGGUAGUGUGGUGGCGGGCGUGCUAGCAAGUGAAGGGGCGAGGGAGUUGGAGGAGAUUGGGGGAGAAGAGGAGAGGAAAAGGAGGAGGGAGGUGUAUCCGGGGGAGGUGGAGCUGAAGAGGGCUCUGGAGGAGAUCUGGCUGACUGAAGAGCCUCCAGCCGCACAGGCAGCCGAUGGCAAGGCUCUGUACCGUGACUUGCUGCGCGUGGCAGCCAAGGCAGUAGCAGCGGUGGUGGCGGAGGGAGAGGACGGCAACUACACUGACGUGCUCAAAAUGCCCCAGUAUAACCUCAAGCAGCGCGUGAAUGAGGAUGCGUGGAAGCGAGUGGGCAGGCGCAAGGGGGAGAGGAGAAGGACGGUAGCAUCUGGGAGCAGCGUCGGUGGUGGUGCUUCUGGUGUUUCUGGUUCUGACGGUGGGCGUGGGGGUGAUGGUGUGGAGGGAGAGAGUGGGGACGACGGGGAGGAGGAGGAGGAGGAGGAGGAGGAGGAGGAGGAGGAGGAGGGAGAGGGGAGGAAGAAAGAUGAGAAGGAGAGGAUGGGUGAAGAGCAGGAGGUGGCUGUGUGGGCGUACGGGGUGGUGGAGCCCACUCUGCUGGCGUCGCUAGCAGCCGUGUGGCACCUCGUGCACUACGAGCAAGGUGCGGCUUCUGAGGUGUCUCAGGUAAGGAGAGGAUGGAUGGGUGAAGAGCAGGAGGUGGCAGUGUGGGCGUACGGGGUGGUGGAGCCCACUCUGCUGGCGUCGCUGGCAGCUGUGUGGCACCUCGUGCACUACGAGCAAGGUAAGGAGGAGAUGGGUGAGGAGCAAGAGGUUGCCAUGUGGGCGUAUGGG